GUUGCAGCUGCCGUCGUUCUCAUUGGUUCACCACAAGCACCGAGUCAGCUAUGACGUCACAAAGGAUCGCCGUCCUCUUUAUCGCCGCCAUCUUGAGCGUCUCGCUCACGCCCGCAAUAGCUAAAGAGGACGAGUCGAUCAACUGGUGUGAGGUUGGCGUCAUGGCAGCCGCAGGAGUGGGCGCAGUUGCAGUGGCCCCAGUGGCAAUAGGAGCCGCGGGCUUCGGCGCUGGAGGGAUCGCCGCUGGAGGGAUCGCGGCCAAGGCCAUGGCCUUGGCCGCGGCCGCCAACGGAGGUGGUGUGGCGGCCGGAGGGAUCGUGGCCUGGCUGCAGGCCGCCGGAGCGGCUGGGCUGGGUCCUGCAGCUCAGGCUGUCGUGGGGAUUGCCGGGGCAGCCAUCACCAAGGUUGCGGUGGGCGUCUCGAACCUGUGUAGAAAUAAGGAGAAGGGCAGUGAGAUGGUGGUGGGGGGAGGGCAGCGCUGAGAGGGCAGCGCUGAGAGGGCAGUGUGCGUGCACAGUGUGGCUGGCUAAAAAGUGCGAGGAUUCACAAUCCUCUCAUUGGCACGGUCGGCUACGGUGCGGCAGCAGCUACUCUGCCUUCUCCUGCCUCUCAUCCUCUCUUUCCUCUCCUGCCUCUCCCCGACGGUGAAGACAGUCUAGAUGGUGUAGACUGUCUCGUUGGUCUAGACGGUGCAGAUGGUCUAGACAGUAUAGAUGGUCUAGAUGGUCUAGAUGGUCUAGAUGGUCUCGACCGUCUAGUUGGUCUAGACCAGGGGUCGGCAACCAAAAUAACAAGAAGAGCCAUUUCUUUCCAAUUCGGUACAAAAUUCAGUAUUUCAAGAGCCGCAAUGCAUCUGAGUACAUACUGUACAUACGUACAUAUCGUCAAGAAGCAGCCCGUAAAGAGCCGCAUGCGGCUCCGGAGCCGUAGGUUGCCGACCCCUGGUCUAGACGGUCUACUUGGUCGAGACGGUCUAGUCGGUCUAAGACGGUGAAGACAGUCUAGAUGGUGUAGACCGUCUGGUUGGUCUAGACGGUGCAGAUGGUCUAGUCAGUAUAGAUGGUCUAGAUGGUCUAGACGGUCUAGACGGUCUAGUUAGUGUAGACGGUCGAGAGAGUCUAGUUGGUCUAGAGAGUCGAGAUGUUCUAGAUGUUCUAGAUGGUCUAGAGAGUCUAGAUGGUGUAGAUGGUCUAGACGGUGUAGAUGGUCUAGACAAUAUAGUCGGUCGAGAGAGUCGAGAUGUUCUAGAUGUUCUAGAUGGUCUAGAUGGUGUAGAUGUUCUAGAUGGUGUAGAUGGUCUAGACAAUGUAGAUAGUCUAACACAGCAUAGACGGUCUAGAGAGUCGAGAUGGUCUAGAUGGUGUAGACAGUGUAGAUGGUCUAGAUGUUCUCGUCAAUGAAGAGGGUCUAGUCGGUGAAGAUUGUCUCGGUGGUUUAGACGGUGUUUGUGCUGAUUGCUGCACUAUAGUGUGGGAGUUUGGUUCUUUAUCAUCGUGGCCUUUGGGCCCGGCUGAGAAAGAAAAGCUGUGUUCACUUGACUCAGUUACUCUCUCAAUAAAAUGUAUUCACAAAGAC